AUGGGCGGAUGUGCCAAGCAGGUGGAAUUCCAACUAUGUGCAACAAGCACACAAGUGGAAAACUCUACCACAACCAAACCAGUAGUGGACUUAGAACGAAAAUCCUAUUACUUGCCUGAUUGA